AACAUCUAUAUAAUUUAUAAAUAAUGCAUUUGACACCCAUAAAUCCUUCACAACCAAUACAACAACAUAACCAAACUAUUUCUCCUUUCUUUUCCCGGCCGUCGUCAGUCUCUACAAAACAAAACAAAAAAUUAUUAUUAACUUCACCAACCAAACAAUUAAUCUAUUUCCAAUAUAGAUCUCUCGAUCAUCAACGGCUGAGAUCGACAGUAGAAGAUGGUGUUAUUAUCAACAAGCUUAUCGAAGCGGGUGUGCGUGGUAGGGGCAGGCCCAUCGGGGCUGGUGGCCGCCAGGGAGCUAAGGAGAGAAGGCCAUAGCACGGUGGUGAUUGAGCAAAAUCACGACGUUGGAGGCCAAUGGCUGUAUGACCCCAAUGUAGAUGGAGUUGAUCCUAUGGGAAAGGACAUUACUGAUGGUUUCUUAGAGGUUCAUUCAAGUAUGUACUCUUCUCUAAGGAUAAUGUCCCCUAGAGAAAUCAUGGGGUACACUGAUUUUCCUUUCUCCACCAAAAAAGGUCGUGACUCUAGGAGAUUUCCUGGUCAUACAGAGGUUUACUUGUAUUUGAGAGACUUUUGUGAGUGGUUUGGGUUGAGGGAUAUGAUAAGGUUCAAUACUCGGGUUGAGUAUGUUGGGAUGCUUGGUAAUUACGAUCAAAACGGUGUCGUUGGGAAAGAUCACUCUAUCAAAUGGGUUGUCAGGAGUAAAGAAAAUUGGCAAAAGAAUAAUAAUAAUAUUAAUAAUAUUUUGGUUGAAGAAAUUUUCGAUGCUGUGAUUGUUGCUAGUGGUCAUUACUCUUUUCCCAAGUUUCCUUCUAUCAAAGGGAUGGAUUCAUGGAAGAGAAAACAAAUGCAUAGCCAUUUCUACAGGGUUCCUGAUCCAUUUCGUAAUGAGGUUGUGGUGAUUGUUGGAAGCUCACUAAGUGGGCAAGAUUUAUCAAUGGAGCUUGUGGAAGUGGCUAAGGAAGUGUAUCUCAGUUCUAGAUCGAUGGACAUAACUGAGGGCUUCUCAAAAGUCAUAGCCAAACAUCAGAACUUGCAUCUUCGUCAACAGAUAGAGUCCAUUGAAGAAGAUGGCAAGGUCUUAUUUGUAGAUGGCUCUUGGGCCAUAGCUGACACAAUCAUAUACUGCACAGGAUAUUCCUACACAUUCCCAUUUCUUGACACCAAAGGAAUAGUUAGUUUGGAUGAUGAGAGAGUGGGUCCUCUUUUUGAGCAUACCUUCCCUCCCUCACUUGCUCCUUCUCUCUCCUUUAUAGGCAUUCCUAAAAAGAUAAUUGGUUUUCCUUUCUUUGAAUCUCAAGCGAAAUGGAUAGCACAACUGUUGUCUGGAAAAAGAAGAUUGCCAUCAUGGGAUGAUAUGAUGCAAUCCAUCGAGGAAUUUUAUCGCUCAAGGGAACUUGCUGGUAUUCCAAAGCCAAAUACUCAUGAUAUUGCAGAUUUUGAGUAUUGUGACAGAUAUGGAGACUAUGUUGGAUUUCCACACUUAGAAGAAUGGAAAAAACAGCUAUGCAUAUCAUCCUUACAAAAUUAUCAAUCCAACUUAGAGACUUACAGGGAUUCAUAUGAUCAAGAUCAAGAGCUGCUUAAGGAGGCUUUUCAAAGUCCACAUUUCACUCAGUUUCUUGCAGAUCACCCUCAACUUCUUGCUCUCUGAAGAUGUUAUAGUGAUUUUUUAUUUGGUUAAUUAUUAUGAAUACUAUUUUUGCUUCAAGAAAACAUUUUCCUACUUUUUGUACCUUUCUCAAGGAAGUUGGAUUUUGGGCUAUGGGUUUGUUAGUAGACUAUAUAUUAGGACCAUUGGCUUAAAUAGAAUAUUGCAGCAAAAGCUAGAAGGCAAUACAUUUAGCAUUUGCUUAUUCUCUUCAAGAACGACGAAGAAAGAAAAAGAAAAAAGGUCCAAGUUUCCUAUAUCUAAAAAGGGCCAAACCUCUAUAUGUUUGUUAUAAGAAAUUAAAAUAAAUCUACUGUGAUGUGUUUGAGAUUUGAUUAAA